AUGACCGCCGACAGCAAGCCCGCUUCCACCUUCAGGUACAAUGAGAAGCCUACCUACACAACCUCCAACGGAUGCCCCGUCCGCCACCCGGAGGAAUUCCAGAGAAUUGGCCAGAAUGGCCCCAUCUUGCUUCAGGACUUUCACUUGAUUGAUCUCCUUGCCCAUUUCGAUCGUGAGCGUAUCCCGGAGCGUGUUGUCCACGCCAAGGGUGCGGGUGCUUAUGGAGAGUUCGAGGUCACCCACGAUAUCAGCGACAUCACCACCAUUGACAUGCUGAAGACGGUUGGCAAGAAGACCCCCGCCGUCGCUCGAUUCUCAACUGUCGGAGGCGAGAAGGGCUCUGCUGACUCGGCUCGUGACCCCCGAGGCUUCUCCGUCAAGUUCUACACCGACGAGGGUAACUGGGACUGGGUAUACAACAACACCCCCGUCUUCUUCCUCCGCGAGCCGGGCAAGUUCCCCCUCUUCAUCCACACUCAGAAGCGCAACCCCCAAACCAACCUGAAGGAUGCCACCAUGUUCUGGGACUACCUCUCCACCCACCAGGAGGCCAUCCACCAGGUCAUGACGCUCUUCAGUGACCGUGGUACCCCAUACUCCUACCGUCACAUGAACGGUUACUCUGGCCACACCUUCAAGUGGAUCAAGAAGGACGGAACUUUCAACUACGUCCAGAUCCACUUGAAGACCGACCAGGGGAUCAAGACCCUGAACAACGAGGAGGCCGGCAAGCUUGCUGGUGACAACCCAGACUGGCAUACCCAGGACCUCUUUGAGGCUAUCCAGAAGGGCGACUACCCAUCGUGGACCGUCUACGUUCAGGUCCUCUCCCCUGAGCAAGCCGAGAAGUUCCGCUGGAACAUCUUCGACCUGACCAAGGUCUGGCCACAAAAGGAGGUCCCACUGCGACCAUUCGGCAAGCUCACCCUCAACAAGAACCCUGAGAACUACUUCGCCGAGAUCGAGCAAGCUGCCUUCUCACCAUCCCACUUGGUCCCUGGUGUCGAGCCUUCUGCCGACCCCGUCCUCCAAUCCCGUCUCUUCUCGUACCCCGACACCCACCGCUACCGUCUCGGUGUCAACUACCAACAGAUCCCCGUCAACGCUCCCCUCCGCGCCUUCAACCCCUUCCAGCGUGAUGGUUUCAUGGCCGUCAACGGCAACUACGGCGCCAACCCCAACUACCCCUCUUCCUACCGCCAGCUGACCUACAAGCCGGUCCGCGCCACCAACGACCACGAGAAGUGGGUCGGUGCCGCCGUCUCCUACCUGUCGGAGGUCACCGCCGAGGACUACGUCCAAGCCAAGGGACUCUGGGACGUCCUAGGCAGACAGCCCGGCCAGCAGGACAACUUUGUCACCAACGUCUCGACCCAUCUGGCGGCCGCCAAGGAGGACACCCGCAAGCGCACAUACGAGAUGUUCUCCAACGUCGACAAGGAACUGGGCAAGAGAAUCGCGGAGGCUACCGAGAAGCUGGCCCCUGCUCCCAAGAGCGCCGCUGCGGGAAGCGCCAACAGCCGUCUUUAA